GCCAAGACCGACAGUGCGUAGUACGAAAGCAAAACGACCCAUCCUUGACUUCAUGGACCUGCGCCUCUAACUACCGUUCUGGAAUUUCACAGGCUAGAUCAGAAGACACUCUCCUUCGCGCUCGGUACCGGUGUUUGACUCUUUGGGUGUCAACGCCAAAACUGGCCAGCCCUUAGUUGUCCAUAACCCCCCCACGUUGCCGUUGGGAAGACUCGACAUCUUCCCUGUUACUCGUGUCUCUCGACUGAGCCGAACUAUUGGCAAUCAUGGCCACUACAGCAGGCGCGUUCAUAGCUGGUGGCAUUGCCGCCUGUGGUGCGGUCACGGCCACCCAUCCCUUUGAGACGGUCAAGAUCCGCAUGCAACUUCAGGGCGAACUCCAAGACAAAGGCCACCAACCCCACAAGUACCGAGGCCCCUUUCAGGGCGUGUCUGUGAUUGUGCGCCAUGAAGGCGUUCGGGGGAUAUACCGCGGUAUAGGAAGCGCCUACAUCUACCAGAUCCUGCUCAACGGCUGCCGCCUGGGCUUCUACGAACCCAUGCGAAACGCCCUGACGACUCUCGUUUUCCAAGACAACCGUGUACAGAGCCUCGGCGUCAACAUGUUUUGCGGUGCUGCUUCCGGUAUUAUCGGUGCUGCUGCGGGCAGUCCCUUCUUCCUUGUCAAGACACGACUCCAGAGCUAUUCUCCCUUCUUGCCCGUGGGCACGCAACACGAGUACAGGAAUGCUGUGCACGGCUUCACGUCCAUAUACCGGACGGAGGGCGUUAGGGGACUGUACCGUGGCGUGAGUGCUGCUAUGAUCAGGACUGGCUUCGGUAGCUCAGUCCAGCUACCCACCUAUUUCUUCGCCAAGAGGAGAUUGGUCAAGCACUUUGGCAUGGAAGAGGGCCCGGCACUGCACCUAAGCAGCAGUGCCGUGAGUGGAUUUGUUGUCUGUUGCGUUAUGCAUCCACCUGAUACCAUCAUGUCUCGUCUUUACAACCAGAACGGAGGCCUUUAUAAAGGUGUCUUUGACUGCUUGUUCAAGACAAUUCGGACCGAGGGCUUCCUCGCCAUCUACAAGGGCUUCAUCCCUCACCUCACCCGUAUCCUACCACACACCAUCCUGACCCUCAGUUUGGCAGAACAGACCAACUUGUUCGUGAGGUUAGUGGAAAAGAGAGUGUUGUCUCAGGAGUACUUGGAAAGCCUAUGAUCUUGUUUGGCACAGUUUGAAAUGCUGGGGGGGGGGGGGCGCGAUCCCCAGUUUUGUAAAUGAUACUACCUUGCAUAUAUGGGCGGAGUUCGCGUGGAUACAAUAUUAUAUAGCAGAGCAUGGCAUGGCAUGGUACGGCCGAAGUCAAGUCGAAAAGGGGACCCGGAAGUGCGCUACACGAGGUGGCCGGGGAAUGUCAGCGGGGUGUGAAGCCUUCAAAGAAGUCAAAUAUGUUCGACUAGCUAUCCCCGGAUGGAUCUUUCACAUCCAUAACAUAGCUUCCGAGCCGAGG